AUGUCGAACGCGACACCGGCCGCCGUCUCCCGCUAUCGCCCUGCUGUACUCGUGCUCAUAGGCGCAGCGGCCUCCUAUACCGCAUACCUAGUAUACAGCAACUAUCAGGCUGCAUCCAGCGAUGGACUGCAUCGCACCAAUGCAGUUCGGCGGUCCAACCUGCAAAGGCGGCCGUCUCGAACAACACGCAUAAUCUCACGCCUCGAACGCAACGUACACGCCCUGGGCGAAUACAACAUCCUCGGCCUGGUGGUCCCACUCGACCCUCAAAACCUUAUAUCUCCAGAUGAACUUCGAGAAUUGCUCGUCCCUUUGGCCCCAGAUGCUGGUGAAGACAUUAUUGAAGUAGAGACGGCACGAAUGUACGACGUAUUCUUGGAUCGGCUUCUAGAUUCGGCUUUCUCGACACGACCACUUGCCCCUGCAGAGAUCGAAGCGAUUAGUCUAUGGAUCGGCGACAGGUUACCGAAUUCUGCUACGGUUUCUCGAGCUAUAGAGAGGCGUACACAGCGUUUGAACGAUGCAAGGCCUGUUGACGUAGACGGUGCUGAGAGCAUAGCGGCGACGGAUAUGUCAUGGAACAGUGACGAGGACACAGACGGUGAAGGUAUCGAUCCUGACGGACAGACACUCCAGCGUACCCUGUACCACAUUGCGGAGGAUCGUGCAAGGCAAGAGGGCGUCAUUCACCGAGGCAUCACAUGCAACGCUUGCGACGAGAAGCCCAUACGCGGUACCAGAUGGCAUUGCGCCAACUGCGUCGACUUCGACCUUUGCUCCAACUGCGAAGCCACCAAUUCUCAUACCAGAACGCAUGUCUUUUACAAAAUACGAGUACCUGCUCCUUACCUAUCGCUAGCGAAACAGGAACCGCUCUACCCAGGAAAGCCUCACAUGAUGCAUCAUUCGGUCAACUCGUCGCUGAAGAGACGUCUAGGCUCUGAGACGAAUAUGGAGGUCGAGGAAAUCGAGGCGCUGUGGGAUCAAUUCACUUGCCUCGCAAGUACAGAAUGGACCAGCGACCCCAACAAGAUUGGAUGGGCGCUCGACCGACGCGCGUUCAACUAUGCUUUUGUGCCUCGAUACAACGGCUUCGUUUCUGCACCGAAUCUCAUCUACGACCGCGUAUUCGCGUACUAUGAUAGUGAUAAUAACGGGCUCAUCGGCUUUGAGGAAUGGAUCAAAGGCAUUGACGGCAUGCACACAAGUGAUCUGAAGGUCAAAGCCAAGAUUGUCUUCAACGGUUACGACAUCGACGGCGAUGGUUACAUCUCGCGCAGAGACGUGCUGCGUGUGUUCCGAGCCUAUUAUGCAAUUGAGAAGGAAGCCACACGUAACUUCGUCGCUGAAUUGACAGAAGAGCUCUCAGUUCGUAACAGCAUGGAUACUAUACGGUCCGGUCAGCCCCUGGGCUCGGCUUUCCCUCCCAACAGCCUCCCAACUCCAAACAGCCUGCACUCCAGCCUUGAACAGAAGCAUAAUGCGACUUUUGACGACGCUUCUCCCGUCGUUCUCGAUACCGAUUUCGAAGUUGCCACUCGCAACAACAUUAUCAAGGCUCCUGAGAUAAGCCAGCUGCUUGAGGGAUCAUAUGAAAAAGAUUCUAACGAGCGUCUGGACAAGACAGCAUGGGCUAGGAGAGAGUUUACUUUAGAUGAGGAAGAGGGCCUGACAAAGCCCGAUGGUGCUAAAGACCAAGAUGAAGAAGAGGAGCUAAGAACUGGACAUGCAAGCCCCUCAAGCCCAGAAGCUGAGCCUGCGCAAACACCGUUCCGACGGUCAUCGAGAGUACAUUUUCAGGAUGAAGUUAACCAUAAGGACUGGUCCCUCAAGUCAAGCCCGAAGGAACCAGUUAGCGAACAAUGGGGCGGCUACGAAAUCCCAGAGCUCGAAAGGGACAUGGGAAAGGAAGUUCUGUACCAGAUCACUCAGCAGGCUUUCAAUGAGUUACUUGACCCACUGUUUCGGGCUAGAGAAGACAUGGCAAUGGACGCUCGCAAUUUGCGCAGCGAGCGACGCAAACACGCCAAGACGAUUGACACGCUACUCGAGAAAGAGAGAGGCUGGGGAUCGUACAAUUCAGCAAUCCUCCAUACUGGCAUAUUUCGAUUCGUUAAGGGCGUCGUCGAUGUGUAUUGUCAGAGCAUGAACAAGCCAGGCGUCCUUGACGCUAUCAAGCGACACGAGUACAAAGACGAUCCGGAGUGGUACGCCAACACGAUCCGCAACGUUGUUGUAGAAGCCGAAGAACUAGUCCUGGAAACUGUCAAGCCUCGCAAGGAAUACCACCCUCUCGAUGGUGUUGCCGAGUGGAAUGCCGAACUCUUCAGGGAGCAGCUACAUCAGGAGAUCGAAAAGGCUACCCUUCGACUUCUUGCUCCUUAUGGACCAAGUCCCGGAGAAGACUUACCUCGAGUGGUUGCUCGUGAUCCCACAAUGCCACAGUUUCGACCCAAUUCCACAGCCGAUAUCGACGCGAACGCAUUGGCAGAUGCUGUUGAGGAACCUCAAGAACACGCUAGUACUCCCGAUGUUGAGCAAGAUCUUGAGAAGUUCGCAGACGAGGACGGACGAAUUCGCAUUGGGCCGCAAGGUCCGUUUUUCGUUUCUGCCCGGCACUCCUCAGACGAAGACCCAAGUCACGAGGAGGAACAAGUCCACGAUCUUAUAACGCCCAUCACGACACCGCCACUGGAUAUCGAACUCCACAGUAGCGAAGACCGUAUCAUCAUCAACAACAACGACCCUUCAACUACAACAAACGGUAUGCCAAUAACUCCUACAACAAGCCACAAUGCCCCUGAAGAAGAGGCUUCGUCUUCGUCUCCGUCGCACGGAGCUGUCAAAAUUCCACACGUCACCAACACGCCCUGGCUGCAAAUCCUUUGUCUCAACACCUCCUCCUCAGGCGUCCAAACUAUGUCGUAUACGCGCCACCACGUUGCGCACCUUCAGAACCCGUAUGCAAUUGCGCCCGAGCCGGACCAAACAGCUGCUCUGACCGCGAAUGUUCGUCGCAACGCGAAGAAUCCCGAGUCGCCGCUGUACACCACUUUACUUGCGAGUUGCGAGGCCGUGGACCAGGAGAGCAGGGAAAGGAAGGGUAAUGGGUUGCUGAGUUUCGGAGAGUUUGAAGAGCAUUUGAAGGAUGGGAAGUUGAGGUUUCUGGAGAGCUGGAUGGACUGGGUUAGUGUGUGA